AUGCCAGGUCUCGCAACCCCCGCCGCCGCUAACAACCCCACCCGCUCAAAACUGACAACAACCGCACAUGCAACGAAAACAACCAGCAAACGACGAUCAAGGCCCAACAAACGACCACGACCCCCUAGCAACGACAACCCCAAUCAACGGAAACCACGACCGGCAAACGACGACCAGCGCCCAGGACGCCCACGAAAAUCGACGAGCAGUGCACGCCACGGCCCUCAAACCAUGAACGACCCCACGAGCCAGCUGGGCCACGUCGCAGUCGGCGACGUGGCAACUACACGACACAGACGGACGACGACGACGUCGUCGUCAGUAUAUAUUGGGUAUGCCGUCGACCGCCCACUGGCGAUUGACGGACAGCACCCCCCACAUCACCAUGCCACCCCUCCCCAAAGGAAGGGGCAUCCCGCCCACCCCAAUCAACGGCGUGACGACGGCGUCGAAAGACGUAUGACGACGACGUCGACAAGGGCGUACAAACGACGGACGACCACGAGAGCGAACAGACGACGGACGACGAGGGCGUACAGACGACGACGAGAGCGAACCGACGACGACGAGGGCGUACAAACGACGGACGACGACGAGGAGGAGGGCGUACAAACGACUGACGACGACGACGACGACGAGGGACUACAAACGACGCACGGCGACGACGAAGACGCGAUGAGCGCCCACCACCCACACACGGCGACGAGGCUCAAUACCCCACCCCCACCUUCACCCCCCCUCUCUCUCACUGCCCACCAACCCCUUACCCCUCCUUCACUAACCACUUCCUCCCCUUUACUGCCCAUCACCCCCUCACCCUCUACCUCACUGCCCACCACCCUCCCCCUCUCCUUCACUGCCCACCACCACCCCUCUCCUUCACUGCCCACCACCCCUCUCCCCUUCCCUCAUUGCCCACCACCCCUCUCCCCUCCCUCAUUGCCCACCACCCCUCUCCCCUCUCCCUCAUUGCCCACCACCCCCACCCCUUUUCCUCACUGCCUACCACCUCCCUCCCUCCCUCAGUCUCCCUUCCCUUUAUUUAAUAUUUGA